UUUGUGACUGUAUUAAUUUAAUAUUAUUAAAAUGUUAAUAUCCACAUCCAUCCAUCCAACAUCAACUACUACUACUACUGAGCAACAAAACAACAACUGCCGCCUGCAACUCUACUGCCAAAAAUUCCGCACCCGCACAACACGAAGUCUCUUCCUCCGCCGAAACCUACUUUCUCCCAGGUUAGCAGCUUCCUCUGCUCUUUUUCUGUACUUGGGUUUCCAGUUUUAGCCCUUCUCCUGCUGCCAUGGGGGGGCGAUGGCCUUGUUCAUAAGAAGGAAAACGCAAAACCUUGGUUGCUUUGCUUCUUUCAAUUGCCUUCUUGCUAGCUCUAAUAAUUUCCCAUUGCCGUUCGAUUCUCUUCCUGUUGCUUCUUCCGAUUCUGCAUUCGCUGUAAUCUAAAUGCACAACCGAGAUUUGCCAGAACAGAAAAAACAUCCACCAAACCCCCCUGUCAAUUCCGCCGCAUGUCAUUUCUCCGUUGAAUUGCCGAGUUUGGGUUACCUCCCGCCAGGCGUUAUUCUGCUGUCUUGGUCUUGGGGAGCUGUCCAGCUACCAAUUACCGUCCUCUGUCCCUCAGUUCUCUAGGGUUUCUCAGUUUGCUUCAUUUCUGUGCUGAAUUCUUCUGCUAUUGUUGUUGUUGUGGUUUAUUUACAUCUUUGUGAUGGAUCAGAUGCAGAAGGAUUACCCUAGCAAGAUUGAGGAUGAGCAACUUUCUGCUAAUUCUCCGCCUCGACCUGCCGCAGACCUUCGUCUGGAUGUGCAGGACGUUGAUCUCCCUUCCAACCCCACUGUAGAAGCAAAAGAAGAAGAAAAGGCGCCAUUUUGCUCCGCCGCCUCUGUUGCCACUUCUCAACCUAGCUGUGUGGUGGUGGUAGUUAAUGAUGAUGAAUCGCCUUUGCCCUAUGCUCCGGAUCCUCCCAUGAAGCCCUCUAUCUCUAGGUCUUCGAGUUCUCAUGAACAGUGCAGAGUGUGUCAGCAAGACAAGGAAGAGGUUCUCAUUGAUUUGGGGUGCAAAUGUAAAGGGGGGCUUGCUAAAUCCCACCGUUCGUGUAUCGAUGCUUGGUUCCUGACCAGGGGAUCAAAUAAGUGCGAGAUAUGCCAAGAUGUUGCGGUCAAUGUGCCCCCUCCAGAAUCUCAACCAAGUCAGACAAACUACUGGGUGUGGAGGCUUGAUCCAACCUACAGACCUCGAGACAGGGAAAGGGGUUGUUUUAGUCCUCUCUGGGUGGCAUUUUCUAUUCUCAUCGGUGGCCUCUUGUUGGAUGUGCUGAUCUCCAUCACCCUCGGAGUUUCUGCUCUACCCGUCAACAUAAUAAUUGGCGUGAUCGUUGUGCUUGGACUUGGAACAGCCCUUCGGUUGGCUCUGGAAUUCUGCCACGAAUGGAGUUUCAGGAGAGCAGUUCACAGGGUCGAUGCAAAUGUGAACCUCGGGUAUCAUCCCACAUUAUAGGGCAAAUAGGUGGCUGUACAGAGAAGAAUCACACUACCGGAUGGACCCGCUGUUACAUCCUUUCCAGUGUAUGUAUAGUUAAGUGGUAAACUGUCAUGCAUACUAUCUGUCGUUUUUGCUUUGAGCACCAUCGCUUCUCAUCCCAAAUUGAGCACGGCUGCUGUGGUGAAAGCCGAUGGUGUUGAACUGGGGAACAAGCCCCGUGAAUAUGAGAUAGCCAAGAUGGCGAAAGCCGGUCUUCGUUUCGCUAGAAUAUCGAUUAUUACUUUCAAUAAACGGUCAGUUAUUAAUUGUUAUUCUUUGCUCUAUAUGUUCUUCAUAGAACUAUGUUUCCAUCGAUCAUUGUAGUGAUGGAAAGAGGAAUGCAGGAGUGUUGCUCGGUUGUUCGUCGUUCUUUUUCCUAUGAAUGUAGGUAGAUGGGUUGGAGUUAGCUCAAGUUAGUAGAAUGUUUGGUUAUGUGCAUGUUUAAGAACAGUUAUGUCUGUGUGCUUCUUUAGAAUUCCGGGUCUGAAGUUCUGUAAUGUCACUGGAUAUAGGUGUCAUGGAGGAAAAGGAAAAGUCCAGAAGACUAUUUUUAGUAUGAAUGAGAGAGGUUUGUACUUUUGUGUUGAUUGACAGUUGUUAGAAGGACGAGGAAGGUACUAUGGUGGCUUAAGAGUUUAAGAUCAUCUCCAUCUCCUUACAUGUGCAAAGAAGAAAUCAAGUUGAUAUGGAUUAUGCAAGACAUUUUCUAUCUUAUAAUUCGUUUUAUUCGAAGAAAAAUUGAGAGUUUGUGCAAGAAUAAGGUGCUCUAAGUUGAAUAACUAAUUAGUAAGUGUUUUUUAAGCAUAGAUUUUCUCUUCAUAAACACUCAAAAUACCUGACACUACUUAGAAUGCUACCUCAUUUAGGGCAUGUUAGCUAUGCAAAUUCAAACAGGACAAAAGGAACAUGGAAACCUUCCAUGGUUGUGUUCCUUAACAAGGACCUGGUAAAUAACAACAUUCUUGUCGCGAGGGGAAUGAAUGAUGAACAUUCGUUUUCGUGUAGGAUGUAGAACAUCAGUUAAACACCGAGUAAUGUCAUCGACAUAAGCUAGAACAUGACCGUGUUCUCGACGAUGUUCUUCUCGUAAGUAACUAAGGAAAUCUGCUCGUAUUAGUGCGUAGUGGUUUGCCUCGGUCGAGUAUUCAAAGGACACUCUGCAAUCUGUUUUUCUUCUCUUUUUAGAACAUUCAUAAUCGGUUUGUCAUUUCUUGUAACAAUCGCAUUCAGAUGUUAUUUAUUCUCUUCUCAAAUUAAAAAGGAAAACCAGAACGGUGGGUUUAGCAAAAAGACGCGGUUGGAGGAAACAACCAAGAAGGAGCAGGUCUGCGGCUAAACCGGAAGGCGGAGGCCGCAAUAAGAUACGGAGACUGAC